AUUUGUUAGUCUCUAAGGUGCCACAAGUACUCCUUUUCUUUUUUUACCCCAAAUAAGGUUAGUUAUAUGCGGUACUGAGGAGUAGUUUGCCGCCCUCAAUAAGGUUAAUGCAUGUGUGCUGAGCAGUUUUACCGCCUCAAAUAAGGGAAAGGUUGUAUUAAGUCCGGACAUAAAGAAUUAAGGUUAUUGUACAUGAUAUGCAUCUAGAUAUGGGGAAUGAAUGUGUAUGUAUGAAUGAAUAAAGUGCAGUAUGAGCCGCUGACCAGGUCUAAGACUUAAGCUGACUCCAGCCACACUAGGGCUACCCCAUGUAGGAGUUCUGAAAGCAAGGGGGGUCAGCCAAAUCUUGUGGCCCAGCGAAUAGGAAUUUUUCCUUAUUCAUGAGCCGCCGACUGGGUCCGGAUUUAAGCCGCUAAUCAGUGAAAUCUGUGACCCAGUGGACCCUUUCCUUGGGAUGCGAGAGAGUGAGAAUUUCUCUAGCUCAUGAGCCACUGACCUAGCAGACAGGGUACCCUCCCUGGAGUGUGUGGAAAUCUUCCUUAGCUUAUGAGCCGCCGAGCAGACAGGGCACUCCCCUGUGAGAUUGGAAAAUGGGUGGGGGACAGUCUAAGAAUUCCCCCGCACCACUAAAGGGCACCCCUGCGUACUACAUGUAUGUGCAUUAUGGUCCUGGGACCUGCAGGUAUUUAGAAAAUUGGAAUUGCUACAUGCGUGAUAAUCCAUCUAAACAAUUUCCUCUAGAAGGUACCUUCGAUCUCGAUAAACUUACAUACCUCAGAGGAACCCUUACAUCACCAAAAGCCUCUGAUACACAGUGGGAGCAAUUUGUCUAUUGGUGGAAGGAAGCUACAAAGAGACUCCAUGAGUCUCGAGUGCGGAGUCUGAAGGACUCCCAGGAAAAAUUAAAAACUGAAGUACAGGAUUUGAAAAUUAAAUGCGAAGCAUCUGGAUGCCUCCCUGCCCAAACCACUUUAUUAACUCCCUUGGCUUCUUUAUAUCCCCAAUUAGUUAAGGCUGAAAGCGAAGAGGGAAAAGAACGGGUUAAUUUAAAAAUUCAGCUUGGCCUAGAGAUAAAGAGAGAGCUGCUCUGCGUUCAAGGUCAAGAAUCAAUACAGUCUGCCUUGCUCUGCAUGCCAAGCACCAAAAAAACCCCAGCUGGCUGUGAAAAAUAUAGACAGAGGCAAACAAAGGCAACACGAGUUUCAGGACUGAGAUUACAAUUUGCAAAGGUUGGCUGCACAGUGAGACCCAACAGUCUGCCUUUGCGACCCUGGAGCUGGUGUGGUUUGGGGACGCUGAAGAAGCCACAGGCAGCCCGCUUGGACUGGAAUACUGAGCAAAGGUCUCUGAAAGGGAUGCCCCAAGAGACUCUAGGGGAAAAAACAAAACCAAACCCCAAGAGCAGAAGCAAGUUGGAGAUUUUUUUUGCAGCGUACCUCUGGACAAACUGUGCACAGGAUAACCUCCCGUCCACCUCUCUUUCUCUCCUACCCCUGGGCCUGGCCAGCCGGGCAGCAUGUUUGACAGCCUAGUUCAGAACCAAUGGAAGGAUUAGUAUUAAAUGCAGAUACUUGUUUUAUCCAACUUAAAAUAAAGUGUUUUGGAUACUAUCAGGAAAUGCUAAGGUUUUAAUAUACGUGACAGAAGCUGUGCCAAAAGCUGAGAAAUGUUCUUGGAGUUCUGCUGGGUGCACUUUACAUCCAUCAGGAUGGAUGGAUCCUGAUGGUUCCAAAACUGGCCAUUGUGCCCAAGCAAAGGGCGUCUCCCUUCUAGGUAAGUGUUUAUGAGCAAAGGCGGGGAUGAUUGGUGCAAACCAGUCUUGUUUAAUUGCAGCAGAUUUUUCCCCUGUGGCCCAGCACUACUGCCAACAAUGUGAGAUCUGCCAGCAGCAUAAUGUUGGUAAAACUCUUAAAGUUAGGCAGGCAGCACUUCCCCCUCCCUGGGGACCUUUUGUAAAUACUCAGAUUUGAUUUUAUUCAAAUGUUUAAAUGUUGUAAUUAUGAGUAUGUGUUAGUUUUAGUUGAUGUAUUUUCAAAUUGGGUUGAGGCCUUCCCUUACAGAAAGGCAGAUGCCAAGACUGUUGUGAAACUUUUGCGUAAGGAUUUUUGUACCACAAUUUGGCAUACCUGUGAGUAUUAACAGUGAUUGUGGAACUCAUUUUACUGGACAGAUUGUAAAGGAGUUAUGUGCAGCUCUGCAGAUCCAACACAAUCUCUACUGUCCCCACCACCCGCAGUCUGCUGGGACAGUGGAAUGUCAAAAUGGGAUUUUGAAAAAUAAACUGGCCAAGAUCUGUGCUGAGAUGUACUUAGUGGCCAGAUGCCCUCCCAUUAGCAUUGAUGAAUAUGAGGGCAACUCUCAAUCGAAAGACUGGACUCAGCCCUCAUGAGAUUCUGACAGGACGCCUGAUGCGGCUUCCAGCGGCACCUCCGCUGACCCUUGCCCAGAUGAACAUUCAUUUAAUGGAUGAUACAAUGCUUAAUUACUGCCAGGCACUAAUGAAAUGUGUCGGGUCUUUUUAUACACAGAUGAAAGAAGUACUACCAAGGAUCCUGAACAACCCUGCCACUCAUUGGAACCAGGAGACUGGGUCUACAUAAAGGUCCAUCAGCAAAAGACCGCCCUGACUCCACGCUGGAAAGACCCUUACCAAGUCCUGUUAACUACCAACAUGGCUGUGAAGUG